AUGUCCAACGUAGUGAAGCGCCUUAUUCCCCUGCUCGACCGAGUUCUCAUCAAAAGGGCCGAAGCAGUAACCAAAACCGCUGGAGGCAUCGUAAUCCCUGAGAAGGCUCAGGGCAAAGUCCUGCACGGAGAAGUUGUGGCUGUAGGACCUGGCGCGAGGAAAGACAACGGUGACUUCAUUCCUGUACUAGUAAAAGUUGGCGACAAAGUUCUGCUUCCUGAAUACGGAGGUACCAAAGUGUCACUAGAAAACGACGAGAAGGAGUACCACCUAUUCCGAGAGACCGACAUCCUGGCGAAGAUCGACAACUAA